GAUAUUUUAAAAUAAUUUAUUAUAUAUUUUGUUCUAUAUCUUUCGUCGACGAUGUUGCGAUACGAUAAGUGUUGCACAAGAGAGCGCGAUUUAUAAACAAAACCAAGGACGAUAUUAAAAUCAGCUGUAGCCGAAGCGGAGCUUAUUGCGUUUGAUAAGUUGUGUUAAAGUGGUUUUAAUAUUUGUUCACAAUUAUAUACAAGAAUUGCUAACAUUUCCAGGAAAUGGAUACGGUGCUCGGCCUGGUGGUGACAACUCUCCUGCUGUUCUCUGGGGUGAGGUUCUACCUCCCCUUCGACGCGCCGGGGGAGCGGGGAGACGACGGCGUCGCUGGACCGCCGAGCGUCCCACCGCGCCCGGGGUGGUCCGUCCCUCCGGGAGCCGCGGAUCUGGGCGAUGCCCGGGACCGGAGCGCCGACGGCGUCACGCGUCACAGGCGUGACGUGGUGCAGAAGAUGAUGAAGCACGCGUGGGACAGCUAUGUGCGCUACGCCUGGGGGGAUAACGAGCUGCGGCCAAUCAGCAAACGCGGCCACAACGGGGGCAACUUGGGGUCCCAGCCCCUUGGCGAGACGAUCGUGGCAGGCCUGGACACGCUCUACGUCAUGGGCCUGAUGGAGGAGUUCAAGCAGGGCCGCGACUGGAUCGAGGAGAACCUGAGUUUCGAGAACGCGUCUUCGGAAGUCUCGGUGUACCAGGCCGCUGUGAAGAUGGUGGGCGGCCUGCUGUCUUGCUACGCCCUCACGGGGGACCCCAUGUUCCGCGACAGAGCCGCCCGGCUGACAGACAAGCUUCUGGCGGCGUUCAACACCCCAACCGGCAUCCCGUUAGCCGUCGUCAAUUUGAAGACCGGGUGGAGCAAGAACUACGGCUGGGCGAGCGGGGCCUGCAGCAUACUGUCGGAGAUUGGCGGUCUGCACCUGGAGUUCUCGUACCUGUCUGACGUCACCGGCAACCCCGUGUACCGCGCCAAGGUGGACCACAUCCGCCGGGUGCUGAAGAGCAUGGACAAGCCCAACGGGCUUUACCCCAACUACCUCCAACCCAAGACAGGCAGAUGGGGGCAGCCGGCCUCGUCGCUGGGCGGGUUCGGGGACAGCUUCUACGAGUACCUGCUGAAGGCCUGGCUGCAAUCCGGCCGGACGGAUACGGAGGCCCGGCAGAUGUACGACGAGGCCAUCGACAACAUCCUGAAGCACAUGAUGCGCGUCUCCCCCGGAGGACUCACCUACAUCUCCGACAUGAAGUUCGACCGGCUGGAGCACAAGAUGGGGCACCUCGCGUGCUUCUCAGGCGGCCUGCUCGGCCUGGGCGCGAGCACGCAGCGCGGCGACAGCACGGACCACCACAUGGACGUGGCGCAGCGCGUCACCAACACCUGCCACGAGGCGUACGACCGCACGGCCACCAAGCUGGCGCCCGAGGUGUUCCGCUUCACCGACGCCGUCGAGGCCAAGAGCCUCAAGAGCAACGAGAAGUACUACAUCCUGCGGCCGGAGACCUUCGAGUCGUACUUCGUGCUGUGGCGGCUCACCAAGGACCCCAAGUACCGCGAGUGGGGCUGGGAGGCGGUGCAGGCCCUGGAGAAGCACUGCCGCGUGUCGGGAGGUUACUCGGGGCUCAAGAACGUGUACCUGGAAGACACACCAAAGGACGACGUGCAGCAGAGUUUCUUCCUAGCGGAGACACUCAAGUACCUGUACCUGCUGUUCAGCGACGACGACCUGGUCUCCCUCGACCAGUGGGUGUUCAACACAGAGGGGCACCCGCUGCCCAUCAGGGGCGCCAACCCCUUCUACCGCCCGGCCACCGUUUAAACAACGGAGCCAGCGGGAAGUACUCUGGCGUCCGGGUACUGACACUUCAGGCAGAUUCAGCAUGGAUGGGAUGAAAGAAGCCAACUGCCUUGCGUUACGGACAUAACUGUUCUCUUCCGCGAGAACUAGCGACCCCACGUUCAGCUGUGAUAGUGAUCAAAAGAACACCUAGUCUAGAACAAAAAGGAAAUGCAAGUUGUGACAAAGGUUGUCAUUGAAAUGACUCCAGUUGCAAGAAAAGAUGAUUAUUUUUCAUGGGAUUCAGGGAAUGGGGCAGCAAGGCAGAGAUAUUUCAAAUGUUUCUGUUGGCGAUUCUGGUCUUGUUUUCCCCUCGUUUCUCUGGACGAUCUACCAUCUUGUGUACAAGCUGUUUGUUCUUUGUGUAUAAAUGUUUAAUGCAAUAUUGUGAUAGUAGUGACAGAAUUAUGUUAAUACCAAAGACGAGCUGUUAAUGUGUGCCUUUGUAUGGCCUCUGUAUAAUAAAUUAUUUUGUUACAUCAUG